AUGUCGGUUGUCUCUCUUCUUGGGGUGAAGGUGUUGAAUAACCCUGCUCCUUUCCUUGCUCCUUACCAGUUCGAGAUCACCUUUGAGUGUCUGGAGCAGCUUCAAAAAGACUUGGAGUGGAAGCUCACCUACGUCGGUUCCGCGACCUCUUCGGAAUAUGACCAAGAGCUUGACUCCCUGCUCGUGGGACCCAUCCCCGUCGGCGUCAAUAAGUUUAUCUUCGAAGCCGACCCACCAGAUCUCAGACGCAUUCCUACUUCUGAAAUUCUUGGUGUGACCGUGAUCCUCCUUACCUGUAGUUACGACAGCAGAGAGUUUGUCCGUGUGGGAUACUAUGUGAACAAUGAAUACGACUCGGAGGAGCUCGCCACCGAACCUCCUACCAAGCCUAUUAUCGAAAGAAUUCGCCGGAAUAUCCUGGCUGAGAAGCCCAGAGUGACCAGAUUUGCCAUUAAGUGGGAUUCUGACGAAUCUGCUCCUGCCGAAUAUCCACCUGACCAGCCCGAAGCAGAUGGGCUGGAUGACGAUGGUGCAGCUUAUGGUGCAGAGGAGGCAGAACUUGAGGCUGCCCUUGUAAGAGAGCUGGAGGAGGCCGAGAAAGGGGAUACCGUCAAGGGCGAGGACCACGACAUGGAAGGUACCGACCACCCGGCUAUCAAGGAGGAUGAAGAAGAAGACAUUUCCGACGCGGAGAGUGAGGAUAUCGAAGACGAGAGUGACGACGAUGACGACGAUAUCGAGGAAGAAGACGGCGGCGACGCCGACGAGGAUGUCGAGAUGGGCGACGAUGCGGAGCCCAAAGACGACACCACCAACCCCGCCACCCACCACUCCCACUCAGAGGUUAUGGUUCAUUGA